GGGGGCCUCUGUCAAUGCUGGCAAGAUCGUCUGGGGAAAUUGUUUCGUCGCAGGCAGUCGCAACUCCCUCUUUUCUCGUGCACAAUUCAUUUCCCCCAUCUGUCUUGCCUUCAACAUUGUGUUGAUACAAACUUGUCUUGUUCAUCGCGUUGAUAUCCUUGAUUUCUGCAUCUUCGAACAGGCACGAUGACCAUGGCAAUGAACCAACCGAACGCGGUGUUCCCACGUUCACAUGUGGGUUUCGAUUCUAUCACCCAACAAAUUGAGAAGAAGUUGUUGAAAAGAGGUUUCCAAUUCAACGUCAUCUGCGUUGGCCAGACCGGACUUGGGAAAUCGACUCUCAUUAACACGAUCUUCGCGAGCCAUCUCAUCGACUCCAAAGGCCGGCUUCGACCUGAUGAACCAACACGCUCCACUACUGAAAUUCAGACGGUGUCGCAUAUCAUCGAAGAGAACGGUGUGAGACUGCGGUUGAACAUAGUCGAUACCCCUGGCUACGGUGAUUUGGUCAACAACGAUCGUUGCUGGGAUCCUAUUGUGAAAUACAUCAAAGACCAGCACUCUGCCUACCUGCGAAAAGAACUCACCGCCCAACGAGAACGCUAUAUCCAAGACACUCGCAUCCAUUGCUGCCUUUUCUUCAUCCAACCUUCCGGCCAUGCUCUGAAACCGAUUGACAUUGUGGUUCUGAAGAAGCUCUCUGAUGUCGUCAACGUGGUCCCUGUCAUCGCCAAGGCCGAUUCCCUCACACUCGAGGAGCGCAGAGCAUUCAAGGAGCGGAUCAAGGAGGAGUUUGCUUUCCACAACCUGAAGAUGUACCCAUAUGACAACGAAGAGCUGGAUGACGAGGAAAGAGCCACCAAUGCCACCAUCAAGGACAUUAUCCCCUUUGCAGUCGUCGGCAGCGAGAAGUCGAUCAUUGUUAACGGCAAGCAAGUUCGCGGUCGACAGAACAAAUGGGGAAUCAUCAACGUCGAGGAUGAGAACCACUGCGAAUUCGUGUAUCUCCGAAACUUCCUCACUCGCACUCACCUCCAAGACCUCAUCGAAACCACCAGCCAGAUCCACUACGAGACUUUCAGAGCCAAGCAAUUGCUGGCGUUGAAGGAGAGCAGUGCUGCAAGUGGCAUGGCUGGUAGCAGGCCCAUCAGCCCUGCCGCUGACCGAGAAUUGAGCAGGGGCUCACAGCGUAUGACGAUGAAUGGAUAUUAGGAGAUUUGCACAUAUGAGGCAUCCAAGCAAGGGGAUGGGGAUGGGGAUGGAUUUGACAAAAGCAAUGGUUGAGCUUGAGCGAUUGCCAUAUCCUUUUCUUGUCGCCUGAAACUUUAUUCUAAUGUAGCGUCUAUGCAGAGAGCGGGCCUUUCGUCUUUGAGCUGGGGGUAUAAAGUAAUUCUCAUGACUGUUCAUCCUC